AACGCACAGACUUCAAAUUAAAUUUUCAAAUCGUACAUUCAGUUGCGAACUAAACGAAGAAAGGCCAAUAAUCAAAAUUGGGAGUAGAUUUUUCAAAAUUUUUUGUAGAUUUUAUAAUUUUUUGGUUUUUAGAAAAAAUUCAUACAACUCGUAAACAAAAUGCGUGAAGUUGUAUCCGUACAUGUUGGCCAAGCCGGAGUUCAGAUUGGAAGCGCUUGUUGGGAAUUGUACGGUGUUGAGCAUGGAGUAAGUCCGGAUGGCUUUUUGACAGCUGAUAAUUUACCGUGUAACGCUCAAGAUUUUUUCGGCACAUUUUACCAAGAAACAUCGACCGGACGAUACGUACCUCGGGCUAUUUUAAUCGAUCUCGAACCUACCGUAAUUGAUGAAAUUCGUAACAAUCAGUACAAAGAGCUUUUCCGACCAUCUUCGUUAAUAUCUGGUAAAGAAGAUGCGGCUAAUAAUUUCGGUAGAGGAUAUUACACGAUUGGCAAAGAAAUGGAGGUAACGAUUUUAGACGCGAUUCGUAAACAAGCCGAAGUAUGCAGCAGUUUCGCCGGAUUUUUCCUUUUCCAUUCGAUGGGAGGUGGCACCGGCUCUGGUUUGACUACCUUGCUAAUGCAGAAACUCGCUAGCGAAUACGGAAAGAAGCAUAAAUUGGAAUUCGUCGUCUACCCGUGCCCGAGGCUAUCAACGGCAGUAGUCGAGCCCUACAACGCCGUACUCAUGUCCCACGGUACCAUGGAGCACAGCGAUUGCGCUUUCUUGGUGGACAACGAAGCCCUGUACGACAUUUGCACUCGCCAGCUGGAUAUGGAACGACCCACCUACGUCAGUCUGAAUCGAAUUUUCGGCCAAGUCAUCUCGGCUCUGACAGCAUCGAUGCGAUUCGACGGUUCCAUCAACGUAGACUUAUCCGAAUUCCAGACCAAUCUCGUACCGUAUCCCCGAAUUCACUUCCCUCUCAUCACGUACGCCCCGUUCCACUCGAUCAACAAGGCCACUCACGAAAAAGUCACCGUCACAGCGUUGACCAGGGCAUGUUUCGAUAAAUCCAACCAAAUGCUAAGAUGCGAUCCAACCCGCGGCAAAUACAUGGCCUGUUGCAUGCUGUACCGAGGCCUGAUCCAGGUCAAAGAAGUAAACUCGUCUAUUCAAAUAAUUAAAAAUAGUAAAAUACCUUUCGUAGACUGGUGUCCGACCGGUUUCAAAAUCGGCGUAAAUUACCAACCACCCACCUGCGUACCUGGUAGCGGUCUGUCGCCGGUUAAUCUAUCAUUAUGCGCCAUCAGCAAUUCGACAGCUAUCGCCGAAGUAUGGUCCAGGGUUAAUUACAAAUUCGACCUGAUGUUCGCCAAAAGAGCUUACGCUCAUUGGUACUUGGGCGAGGGUAUGGACGAGCAAGAAUUCGUCGACGCUAGAGAGAACUUGGCCGCGUUGGAGAAAGAUUACGAAGAAUGCGGUAAGGAUUCGGAUAAGGGUGAAAGUGGCGGCGAAGAAGAAUCCACCGCUUUCUCGACGACAGCCACUCCAGAUAGUGCACAAUCGGAAGAAGCUACCGAUGCACCGACCGAUGCAACAUCCGCCACCGAUGCACCCGCGUAAUAAGUAGUUCACGCGGAUUGAUUAUUGUCCGAUUUUUUUUACCAUCACCCCCUAAUAUGUCAUGCGCGAUGGCCAAUUCACCGCAAGUGGUGGAUUUUAUGGUAGAGCAUGAUUUUGUACAUAGUAUCGCUAUUACCUAAUUUAUUACGAAUAUUUUUUUAUCCUUCGUGUAAGAUCAGAUUGUUAUAAUGUACGAUUAGGUAAGGAUAGUUUGAACUAGGGACGAAUAAUAAACGAUUUCAAAUCCGCA